AUGACCAGGCUAUCUCAAGAAAAUGUCAUUCGUUAUAUCAAGCGAUGGAUAAAAGAGUCUCGGGAUGAGAAGAAAACUGCUUCCAUUGUUUCCUAUCUCUCUGUCGGUUCGCUAUCCUUGAACGAGGAAAGCACAUGGACAAAAAUACGUGAGGAGUUGGAAGAUCUUGGCUUGGACCACGAAGCUUUUGAAAAGAAUAGGGGAUUUAUUCACGAGGAGCUGGAGUCUGCUAUUAUGAAUGGUGACCUUUACGGAAUGUAUGAUUCUGGAUCUCAGGGCCAGAAAUCAUCAAGUCUAUCCAGUGAUACGAAGACUUCACAUACCUCGCCCCCUUCUACCGCUGAAAGCUUGAUCGAAAAGGCCACGCCGUCAACGGCUAGUUUUCAGGGUUAUCCAAGACCCAGGAUUCCAAUUCGCCCACAAAGGAGCACAUUUUCUCGAUUGGUAUACAGGGUCACUCACAGCACAAACAGCCUUGCAGAUGCCGUUGAGCGGGGUGACUCUUAUUCGGUUAAGGAUCUAAUCCGCCAGGGCGCAAACAUCAAUAGCCAGGAUAAAUACGGUCGUCGGCCUGCUUGGUUUGUGUGUGCGGUAAAUGGACAUAUUGAUAUUCUCAGGACUUUUGUCAACAAUGGCGCGAAUAUUGUUGCAUCGGGCCAUGGCUUUCAUGCUCUUGAAACAGCAGCAAAGUAUGGCCACUAUGGUAUUGUCCAGUUGCUACUCGAUGUGGGCGUUCCAGUGGCACGUGAGAUUGAUAAUUCCAUGAGACCAAGCGGGCCUUUGGUAUCAGCAAUACAUAGUAACCAAGAACAUGUUGUCAAAGUUUUGUUGGAAAAUGGCGCUGAUGUGAACGUCGUGCCCGUUAAUGGUCGGACGAUGCUGAUGAUAGCCGCAGGGCGUGGAUGUGCAAAAAUAGCUCAUCUACUGUUACAGUAUGGUGCCGAAAUAGACAAGCUAGAUGACGAGGAACUAACAGCCCUGGACAUUGCAUGUAUGAAUUGUCGCGACAAGGUCGUCAAAUUACUGUUGAAUGCAGGGGCAAAGGCAGACACCAGCGGACUUCACUCCAACACGCCUUUACACUGGGCACUUAUUCACGAACCCAAGGAUGAGAAUGGUGACAAAGGUCAACUGGAGACCACGAGGCUUCUUCUUGAGAGCGACGCGAAAAAUGAGCUGGUCAAACUCCUCCUACAAAAUGGGGCCGAUGUCAACAAGCGCACAGAGGGUGGAUUGAGACCCAUUAUUCUGGCAGCGGGCACGGAUGACGUUUCCCUAGUUGAGAUCGUCCUUGAAGAAGGGUCCAAUCCAAACGAACAGGAUGCCGAUGGAGAGACUGCCCUGCACAAGGCAAUCAAGUCGAAGAACAUUGCGAUGACAAAACUGCUUCUGGGAAAGGGAGCGAAUAUCACAACAGGGAAGGCAGCAAAUAGCUCACUGCUUUUGGCUGCUGACACCAACGACCCUACACUUGUCAGCCUGAUUCUCGACAAAGACCCGUCUUUGGAGGAGGCAGACUCCAAUGGAGAAACUGCACUUUGGAAAGCGGUUCGACUGAAGAAUCUGUCAAUGGUCAAGAUUCUUCUAGAAAAGGAAGCGAAUCCCAAUCCUACGAUAAAGGGUGGAACGAUGCUCCACGAAGCUGUCGAGAGUGGAGACAUGGCCAUGAUAGCGCUUCUGCUACAUAAUGGUGCUGACCCUAACAUCAUUACUAAAACUGGGAAGUUUGCCUUGAUGCAGGCUGUUGCAUCUAAUAAGGGACACAUUGUCAAGCUUCUUUUGGACAAUGGUGCAAAACCUGAUCUUCAUCCCAAGGUUGGCCGGGUAAAUACUGCUCUAGGUAGAGCUGUUCGAGACAACAAUUAUUCUCUGGUCAAGUUGCUUCUACAGAGAAAUGCACAAAUAGAUCUACAUGCCCCAGAGUUUGACUCUGCACUUAUCUCAGCAUGUCGCCUUGGUUAUCUCCAGAUGGUUGAUGUCCUACUAGAACAUGGCGCAAAUGUCAAUCAGAAAGAAGAUGACGGAGUUAGUGCGCUUUCGGUGAUCACAUCAGGAGAGCUGUUAGACAAUCCCCAGAGUGUCCCAAUCACAGCAAUCUUACUCGAAAAGGGAGCAGAUCCUAAUACGAAGAGCUCCCGGGGGCUCCCUGUUAUCUUCAAUCUCGUUCAAAAAGGAUAUCCUUCCCGAGGAAAAUUCGCUCCUUAUAUUCUCAAGCUUUUACUUGCUGGGGGAGCUGAUCCGAAUUCAAAAACAGAUGAUGGGACAUCUCUUCUUCAGGCUAUCGUCAAGGUUGGCCAUUUUUCAUUGGCAGAGCCCGUCAUCGAACGUGGGGUGGAUCUCAACCCGAAAGGCGAUGAUGGUUAUACGAACCUGAUGCAUGCUAUCGAAAGAGGAGAUCGUCAACUUCUUCGACUUUUUCUCGAUAAAGGCGCGAUACUUGAUGCUGAUACGCAAUCUAAGCAUUUCUUUCGCAUAUACAACGGCAGAGGAUACUCAGUGACUUUAGAUAUGGAUACGUGUUUAGCUGCAUAUGGUAUUUUCAUCAAGUGGGGCGCGACAGGUUAUGAUAGGCCGAAAUAUGACUGGGAGCCCUAUGGCAUAGCAUAA